ACACUUUUUUUUAAAACAAAACCCGACCAAACUGCGCAUUCUCUGUACAUGUGAGGAUUUUUCAGAGCAGCUUUCAACGCGGUGUUUUAUUUUGAAGGCGGCAGCCCUCGUUUUCCGGUGUUGUUCCGCCUUCUCUCUCAGCUGAACGAACGCUCAGGCUCGCUCCUGUAUUUGAACGCGGGCUGAGCCCGCUGGACGAGGCAGCGGCACCGGGACAGAGCAGAACCUGCUCCGAGGAUGGACGAAAGCGCCAGCAGCUGGAACCAAAGGUGAGUCAGGAGGAAAAACAUGAGAACCCACCACUGACCGCAGGGGAUCUGGUUCAGUUACGCUGUCUUCCUCUGUGAAUCGUCCCGGCUCGACCCGACAGGAGGAGGGCAGCGUGGACUGAGGGGACUCGGAGCACGCACAAAAAACAGAUGAGUCACAUACGAGUGACGCGUGACAUAACCAUGUCCUCCAGCAGACCAUGACACUAAGUGAACCAACAGAGAGGAUUUUUUGUUUUGACUCAUUUCUGUUUCCAGCGAGGAAAGGAUUUGUCCUAACGAGCUGCCCAGAGGCGAUGACCUAACUCGGACUAAAUGACCUCAUUCUGAUGAGCCGCCCGCCGUCUCAUUGGCUGAUGGAAGAGGAUCGAAAGUGGAUUAUUAUGAUCGAGGCUGGAGAGUGUGAGGUCACAUGAUAUUUCGGCAGUUUUUGAUGCUACUCGCGGUAAUGUUGAGGCGUGGACUACUAACGUGGGUGUCCCGCGUCGGGGGCUUGCUGGUGUUCCUCUGCUGCUCCCUGUCGCUCCUCUACCUGAUGACGUGCAGUCCUCCACACGCCAACAGCCCUCCGCUGAGUCACGUGUUGCCUCACGCAGAGUCCGACCACCCCAGCCUCAUUGGUACCGGGCCCGGUGGGACAGGGGCAGCAGGAGCUCAAAGCGGGGGUCCGCCAGCUGUCCACACUUACCAGAUGCUCCUCCAGGAGCGCGACGAGCAGCACCGCCUCUACAUCUCCUCCUUGAAGAAGCAGAUCGCUCAGCUGAAGGAGGACCUGCAGGAGCGCAGCCAGCAGCUGAAAGGAGUGCAGGAGAGUCUGAAAACCGUCGCAAGGGGUCCGGAUGACGGGCUGGGAGGGGGCGCUGGGUCUCAAGGAGGUGGGGUCCGAGAAGUCCAGGGGGCCAAGAAGCAACAGUCUGACCUCCAGGAGUUUCUGAGAGGUCAACUGUUGAAGGCCGAGGUGACGGCUGGAACCAGGUUACCCAGUGAGUACGCUGUGGUGCCUUUUGAGAGCUUCACCCUGCAGAGGGUGUACCAGCUGGAGAUGGGGCUCACCCGUCAUCCCGAGGAGAAACCUGUGAGGAAGGACAAAAGAGAUGAGCUGGGAGAGGUUCUGGAGGUGGCCCUGCAGAGCCUCAACACGCCCUCAAACCAGCAGAAUGGCAACGCAGCAGAAAAGACUCAAACGAGCAAAGUCUACACCCCAUCUGACUUCAUCGAAGGUAUCACUCGUACAGAGAAGGACAAGGGGACGCUGUACGAGCUGACCUUCAGAGGGGAGUCCACUUAUGAGUUCCGACGCCUGGUCCUCUUCCGGCCUUUCGGACCCCUGAUGAAGGUGAAAAGCGAGGGGAUGGACACGGCUGACGUCCCGAUUAACAUCAUCGUCCCACUGUCUGGACGAACGGAUAAAUUCAAACAGUUCAUGCACAACUUCAAGGAGGUGUGCGUGCGUCAGGACGGCCGGGUGCAUCUGACAGUGGUGUAUUUUGGGAAGGAGCAGAUGAGCGAAGUCCGCAGCACUCUGGAAAACACAUCCAGAGAGGCGAGUUUUAAGAACUACACUCUGCUGCAGCUGGACGAGGAGUUCUCUCGGGGACGGGGUCUGGACGUGGGGGCCCGAGCCUGGGAGGGAGGCAACGUGCUGCUUUUCUUCUGCGACGUGGACAUCUACUUCACUGCUGACUUCCUGAACGCCUGCAGGCUGAACACACAGCCUGGUAAGAAGGUCUUCUACCCCGUCUUAUUCAGCCAGUACAACCCCACUCUGAUCUAUGGAAGUCCUGAGCACAUCCCGCCUGUGGAGCAGCAACUGGUAAUCAAGAAAGACACGGGCUUCUGGAGGGAUUUUGGCUUCGGCAUGACUUGCCAGUACAGGUCCGACUUCAUCAACAUCGGAGGUUUUGACAUUGACAUCAAAGGCUGGGGCGGAGAAGAUGUCCACCUCUACAGAAAGUACCUCCACAGCAACCUGCUGGUGGUCCGGGCCCCGUCUCGAGGCUUGUUCCACCUGUGGCACGAGAAGCACUGUGCCGACGAGCUGCCCCCAGACCAGUACCGCAUGUGCAUGCAGUCCAAGGCCAUGAACGAGGCCUCGCACGGCCAGCUGGGAAUGCUCUUCUUCAGGCACGAGAUCGAAGCUCACCUCCGCAAGCAGAAAGAAAAACAGAACUCCAAGAAAACAUGAAGCACUCAGAACUGGUUGGGUUGUAAUGACUGUGAGGAGUCAAUCUGAGAGCUUGAUUUCAAGAAAUAUAAAACUACAAUUGAAAUUUUUUAGCCACAUUAUAAAGACUGGGAACAAAAAUCUAAGCAGUACACAGGCAAAGUUUGUUUUGAUCAUUGUUUUUAGUUUAAUUGUCAAGGAAGAUAUUAGAAUGUUAAAAUUUGCUUCACCUUUUUGAAAGAGUGAGUGAAGCUAAUUUAUGCUAAACUUACUGACGUCCUAAUUAGCCUAAAUUUAACCUAAUUUUUGUUAUUUGCAAAGACAUAUCAGGGUGUGAAAAAAAGUAUGACUUUCACACACAUUUUUUUCAGUAGAAGUCAGCGUGAGACUGAGCUCCUUAAAAAUGUUUCCAAAAAAAACAGAAAGAAAGAAAGAAAGAAAGAAAGAAAGAAAGAAAGAAAGAAAGAAAGAAAGAAAGAAAGAAAGAAAGAAAGAAAGACAGAGAAUUUGUACUUGUAUUUUGAGCUCAGUCUUCUGAUCCACGUGCCUUAUCCAUAAGUAGUCACCUGUGGAUAAUCAGUGAAAACUGCGCUUCUCCGCUACUUUUGUAUGUAAACAGCACCACCUAGUGGUGAAAGAUUAAACGGCAUGCUGUUAAAAAAGUGAAGGAUUAUUUAGAACCUCAAAACCAGUUGUAAUUUCUUUUUCUUUUCUUUUCCAGCUGUUUUCACAUACUUAUUUAUGGCUGUGUUGGUCUAUAAAUGUGAAUAGUAUUAGUAUUUUACUUAUUGCCUGUCUGAACAGCUUACCUGUUGAAAAAAUACAAUUAAAAAAAUAAGUUUAAAAAAAGCCAUACUUGAGAUUGUUUUUAUAUUGAACUGGUUUCUAAGAAUUGAAAGCAAAUCUGGCAACAGUAAACUAUUUUAAUUAAUAUUUUAAAAUGGAUAAGACAAAAAAAUUGUUUUUCACAAGAAUAAUUUUUGAACAUGCACAGGGAAUUAUGGGUAAUAAUAAAAUGUGUGAUGUUGACGAUGACUUACCAGGUCAGAACCAGCUCUUAAUGUUUUUUCUUACUAAAUGCAAAUCAGCUGUGAGUGUGUGUCAGAAAUAAACACACAAAAUGUUGUUUUUGUGCAAUAAAUGUAAGUAUUUGUAUUCGGAAGGAAGCAGUCAGAUAUUUGCCUGUAAAUUAUUAUUUUUGUCUCUUUCAUAUUUUCCAGCACUUAUUUAGUCUGAAGACGAAAUCAGAAUGAGCUACUUUUGGUGCCUGACCUGUACAAAUCGAAUCAAAUGAAAUUGUUUUUUCUAAUAUUUGCUGUGAGAUCAUUACUGUAUAAACAUGGAUUUAUUUGGUUGCCCUGUAACCUUUAUCAUCUGAGGUUUAAAUAAACUGGUGUGUUCACUGUGAA